AUGGACUCCACCUCCCUUCUCUCUCUCCCCAACGAGAUCCUUCUCACGAUAUUCUCCCUCCUGGGCCGCAGCGAUGCGCUCGCGACCUCUUCCACCUCCAGACGCGCCUACCCCCUUGCCAUAUCCCGCGUCUUCACCAACGUGUACUGGCACAGAAACGACGAAGUGGACGAAGAGGACGCCUCCGAAGCUCACGCACUGUCGCGGUAUAUGUGCGCACCAGAGCCGUUUUCCCAGGUCCCCCGCGUCCAGCACCUCCGCCAUUUCACCCUCCACCAUUUCUGCGAUGUCGAUGUUCCUCCUUUGCGCAAACUUCUCAGCCAGGCCUCCAAUCUUCGCACUAUUGUUAUUCACAACUUCGAGUUCUUCUUAGACGAAGACGCACUCCUCGUAGAAGCUAUCGGCGCCAUGCACAACCUCGAGCAAGCGAGCCUGAUAGAUGUCGGUCCUGAGACGGUGGCAGCUCUGCCGAAGAUGCUAUCAAGUCGGUACUUGACCUCAUUGACACUUGAAUUCGACGAGAUGUAUGUUGAGCCUGAUGGCAUCGACCUCUCAGCCCUCGUCUCCGGCCUCGCCUCCAUGCAGAGCCUGCACACCCUCGCCCUCAUCUCGUACCUCGUGCUGACGGAUCCCCUCCGACUGCCUAAUGCAGCCCAAACCAUCCUUCCCUCCAUUCGCCACCUUUCUUUCAGCCGUCUUUCUCAGAUCGUCCCGGGGAUCAUCACCCUGUGUCCGAACAUCAUUAGCUUGUCUCUGCAACUCUAUUCGCAGACAGACGAGCCCGUGGUACUCCCCAUGGCGGACGAAGACCGAUGGCCCACCGGGCUCAAGCAGCUUAACGUCGUCUCACCCGCUCUCAUCCUGUCUGCCAGGCGCAUCGGGCAGGUCGGCUCGUUGGCAUUCGGGGCGAGCAGUACGCCGAUCUCCGACCCAGGGCUCUUCAAUGACUUCCUCCAGCUGCUUUCGGCCGUCCGGCCCACUUCCCUCGAGCUCCACACGGCAGCCGCGAUGGUGGACCGGGAAUGUGUCUGGGACAUGCUGUGCGGUGCCGCGCCCUGGCUGCGCUCGCUCGAGAUUGGCAUCGCGCCGCGCGAGUGCGACGUGCACGAGUACAUGGAGCCGCUCCUCGCCGCACUGCGAUCCGCAUCCCUGGCGCUCGUCCAUCUCUCCCUCCACUUUCCGCCGAUCACACGAUACUUCCAGGCGUCGCUGAGCAUGGCCCAGGCGGACGCCUGGCGCACCACCGAGGCCCGCCGCGCCGAAGCGCUCCGCCCGCUCCCUCUGCGGCUCGUCGAGGCCGUCCCGACCCUCCGCGUCCUCUCGCUCUCCUCCUGUUUCCCCAGGUCCGACAUUGCGCGCGCGCUCGCGCGGCGCACCCCCCUCGCCCCGGAGGUGACGGCGGAGCUCGCGCGCGAGGACGCCGUCGAGCGGCGGUGGGGGCCGACGAGCGAGUUCGUCGGCCCCGCGCUGCGGAGGCUGCAGGUGCUGCGGGAGGAGGUCCCGCGCGACAAGCGGUGGUGGUGGGUCGAGGGCGACGGCGCGGCGCGCGCUCCGGUGGAGAUCUGGAGGGAGGCCGGGGAGCGUGCGCGCGAGCUCAUCGGACGCGCGGACUUUGACCCUGCGAGGAGCCUCGACGGAUUCUACUCCGCGAAGUGCCGAUAUGAGCGGUAG